AUUCAUCGACACUAGCUGUCGUUCACCACUCCUUUGGCGCGCUUUUUUUUGCUUUUGACGGUCUGGCACCAUCUUCUCUCGGUUCGAUUCACAUAGGCUCCCGCGGAGCUUAAUCUUUGUUCUCGAACGACACGCCGACUUCUAUCUCGCGCACAGCCGCCCAACAUGUUGAUGAAGACUGCGGUGACGGCCCUCCUGGCUCUGGCCCUGGCUGCCGAGGCGGCCUCGGUCCAUCAAUACAGGUCGCCUCUUGCCUUGGAACGACGACAGAACAGGGGAGGGAACCGGGGCGGGAACAACAAGGGCAACAAUAACAACGCCAACAACAACGCCAACAAUAACAACAACGGUAACAACAAUGGCAACAACAACAACGCCGCCUCGGUUACCUGCCUCGCCCCGAAUGCCCUCCAGACCGCAUCGGAGUCGACCGGCCAGAACAGCGCGGUCGCCGCUGAUGGCCAGGUGAACUCGGCCACUGACCCGGCCAACUUCAUCAACUUCUGCGCCGGUCAGACCCUGACCAAUGGUCUGCAGAACCGCGACGGGUCCUGCAACGGUAUCGUGAUGGGCAAGAUUCCGGCCGCCAACAAGAUGGUUUCGACCGUCAUUCUGAACCCCAAGAACAAUGACAACCUCCAGGCGCUCACGUCCUUCAACGUUACGCUCAACGUCGCCAACAUGCAGCUCGGCUCCUUCACCAACGCCACGAGCACGUACUACGCGGCGCCUCAGGAUCUCAGCGGAAACGGUCAGAUCAUCGGCCACACUCACGUCACGAUUCAGGACACGGGCAACACGUUGAACCCCACCCAGCCCCUGGAUGCGACCCAGUUCGCCUUCUUCAAGGGCAUCAAUGACGCCGGGAACGGCCAGGGUCUGGUCACCACCGAGGUGACGGGCGGUCUUCCGAAGGGCUGCUACCGUGUUUGCACCAUGUCUAGCGCGUCCAACCAUCAGCCCGUGUUGAUGCCGGUUGCCCAGCGUGGUGCGCAGGAUGACUGCCGCUACUUCAGCGUCGGCGGUGCCUGCGGCAAUGGCGGCAACAACGCCAACAACAACAAUGCUGGCAACAACGCGAACAACAACAAUGCCGGUAACAACGCCAACAACAAUGCCGGCAACAACGCCAACAACAACGCUGGCAACAAUGCCAACAAGGGUGGCAACAACGCCAACAACAACAACGCCGGCAACAACGCCAACAACAACAAUGCCGGCAACAACGCCAACAACAACAAUGCCGGCAACAACGCCAACAACAACGCUGGCAACAAUGCCAACAAGGGCGGCAACAAUGCCAAGGGCGGUAACAACGCUGGCAACAACGCUGGCAACAACGCUGGCAACAACGCUGGAAACAACGCUGGAAACAACGCUGGCAACAACGCUGGAAACAACGCUGGAAACAACGCUGGCAACAACGCUGGAAACAACGCUGGAAACAACGCUGGCAACAACGCUGGAAACAACGCUGGCAACAACGCUGGAAACAACGCUGGCAACAACGCUGGAAACAACGCUGGCAACAACGCUGGAAACAACGCUGGAAACAACGCUGCCAACAAUGCUGGUAACAAUGCUGCCAGCAAUGCUGGCAACAACACUGCCAACAAUGCUGGCAACAACGCUAACAACAACGCUGGCAACAACCGUGGCGCCAAGGCGGUUGAUAACGGUGCGGCUGCCUCGAACAUCGGCGGCAUCGCCGCUCCGGCGGUCCAGAGCACCGGCGACAGCGCCCGUCCUUUCUCGGUCAACGGCGAUACCUUCGCCACCAAGGCGGCCGCCGUCCAGCGCGCCUGCGCCAUCCAAAACAACGCCUGCGCUAAUGCCGUCAACUCGGGACAGGUCCAGGGUUCGUCCGUCGCCGACUGCAACCAGCAAGAAGCGGCGUGCCGGGCGGCCGGCGGCGCUUAGAUAGCCGGUCU